GUUCAAUUGAACGUGUUCCAAACGAUUCAAUACAACUCUACAGUCCACACCCUAAGCCUAAGAAACAAACAUUCGAAACCUGUGAAAAAAACAUUGCUAAUUUUGUAUACAAAGCAUGCAAAAAGCACCACAUUUUGCACGCGAGGAUUCCCAGGAGCAUUUACCCAGUCCACACAACACCGUCAAUAUGAAGCGCCGCACCUUAGCAGGCACAUGUGGCGUUGGCGUCUUCAUCUUUGCAUUCGCCUUCAUAGCCAUAGCGUUUGCAACGCCCAGUUGGCUUGUCAGCGAUUACCGCAUUACGGGUGCCAAGUUGGACAGACUGGGUCUCUGGGUGCACUGUUUCCGUUCGCUGCCUGAUGUGAACGAUGAUAGUCAGCGUCGUUUCUUCGUCGGCUGCCGUUGGGUCUAUGACCCAUUUACGAAGGGCUACGAUGAGAUACGUGGAUUCCUUCUGCCUGCCUUCAUGAUAACCACACAAUUCUUUUACACGCUUACGUUCAUUGGCAUGCUGGUCAGUGCCAUUGGUGUGCUAGUGUUCUUCCUCUGCGCUGGACCAGACCAAAAACACUUCAUUACUUUAAUUCGUGCAGUUGGAUUUGUUCUCUUAGGCGCAGGAGUCUGUGCGACCAUUGCAGUGAUCGUGUUUGCUGUGUUUGGCAAUCGAAAUGGCUGGAUGCCGGAGCAUGCCAAUAAUUGGUUCGGCUGGUCCUUUGUGAUGGCAUGCGUGGGUACGGUACUGACUCUGGUGGCUGCCACAUUGUUCCUCACCGAGUCGCAUGUACAGCUACGCAAGCGCUUGCAGUUCAAGGAGUCGCAGACACGGUUUGAGCUUGUGCGUGGCUAAUGCAGACGGCAUUAGUAACUUCAUACAGUGACAAUAAAAUAGCAGCACACAACAACAACACUAAAACAUUCCGUCCCCACGACAUUUCAACAAAGAAUUCUCACCAUAUAAUUAAAUGUAGUUUUAUGCAGCCGCUAGUUGAAUGUUUAUGCAAUUGUCAGACGAACACUUCCGCACCAGCCAUGCCGCAUACAAUCCAAAGAGACUUUCAGUUGGUACUUAUGAAUCAUCCAAACUACAGUUCAUCAACAAACAACUGCUAUCUGUCGCAUGUUAAGUGGCAGCAACUGCAACGUAUCAUCUAAAUUUCAGCAAUAAGAACAACACCAAUAUCAAUAGCAAUAGUAAAUCAUCAACGGAGCUCAAAUGAAUCAUUAUCGCGUGUACAUCAAAUAUUUGCAUACAAAAUUGCGCUCAAUUAACGCACAAUUUCACAGCCCAGCCCCUGCUUUUGAUGUUGUUUUUUGUCGUCGCAUGUGCUUGAGCACACUAACAAGAAAUGAAACACUCGUGCCUUAAUUAGACAGCUUUGCUAUAACACAUAGUGCCUUUAUAACAAUUAUGAAAAUGUUAGUUUCUUAUAUCAAUGCGACGAUCACCAAUUGGAUUGCAUAAACUUCUACUAAUCUAGUGCCUUAGUUAAGAAUUCUACGUCCAAAAAAUGUUUAAUUGAGAACCGUAGUUAAGAAAUUCGAAACGUUAACGUCCAAUAUAUAUUUUAGACAUACCCUUUACUAUUUGAAUACCUUACAAAAUGUUUACCUGUUAUUUAUGGUAGCUCUAUUAGUGCUUGUCCAACCUAUCUUACAAAUUGUGU